AUGGUGGAGGGUGUGGUGGUUGGGUGCAGGGGUAGCAAUGGUAAUGGUGAUUGGGGUGCAAAAGUUACAAUGGUGGUAGAGGUGGUUGCAACAUCCAUGGUGGUUGAGGUGACUGUGGUGGCAGUUGUGGUUGUGAUGGUGGCGGUAGUGACAGUUAUGGUUGGUGGUGGUAAUGGCAGUUGCGGUUGUUGUGCUAGUGAUGGAGGUAGUGGUGGUUGCAUCGACGAUGGUGGUGAUGUAAGGUUAGUGGUUGUAGUCAUAGGUGGUGGCAGGUGUGGUUGUGAUGGUGGCGGUGGUGACAGUUAUGGUUGUUGGUUUAAUGGCAUUUAUUGUUCUGGUGCUAAUGGUGGAGGUAGUGGUGGUUGCAGUGAUGGUGGUAGUGAUGUAAAGUUAGUGAUUGUAGUAGUAGGUGACGGUCAUCACUUUGUUUUCAAAGGGUAA